UACCAGCCCCGCCCGUCCCGGCCGAGCUGCGGCGGCGGCGGAGCGGGACCGGAGCCCGCUGAGGGCAGCAGCGGCAGAAUGUCGGCCGGCGGGGCGUCCGUGCCGCCCCCGAACCCCGCCGUGUCCUUCCCGUCGCCCCGGGUCACCCUGCCCGCCGGGCCCGACAUCCUGCGGACCUACUCGGGCGCCUUCGUCUGCCUGGAGAUCCUGCUCGGGGGUCUCGUCUGGAUUCUGGUGGCCUCCUCCAACGUCCCUCUACCUCUGCUACAAGGAUGGGUCAUGUUCGUAUCCGUCACUGCCUUCUUCUGUUCCCUCCUCUUCCUGGGCCUCUUCCUCUCUGGCAUGGUGACUCAAAUUAAUGCCAACUGGAACUUCCUGGACUUUGCCUACCAUUUCGUGGUGUUUGUCUUCUACUUUGGAGCCUUUCUCCUGGAAGCUGCAGCCACCUCCCUGCAUGACCUGAAGUGCAACAGCACCCUGUCUGUGCAGCCACUCCUGAGUGACAACCAGUACCGCAUAAACGUGGCAGCCACCGUUUUUGCAUUUGUGACAACAGCUUGCUAUGGCUGCAGCUUAGGUCUGGCCUUGCGGAGGUGGCGGCCGUAACACUCCGGGAACCAGCAGCGCCGUGCGGGCCUCAUCUGGCUCCUCUACACGUGGGACCACUUGGAACUGCAUCCCUGUGCAGAUGUAACGGCAUUCCAGAAGUCGCUUGUUUAGUACGGAGAGAAAAAUCCAAAGGGACAUUUUUGUUCACGAGUGGAAUGUUAAUUUUAUUAUGAUGUUAAAUAGAGAAAUAUCCUUUCAUUUUUCUUUCUCUCUCUCUUUCAAGAAAUUUUUCCUUAGUCCAUAAAAUACACAGAUGCUCUUCAUGAAAAGGUUCUACUCCUUCGUGUGGUUACAAAGAAAGGUACCUGAACCUUGGUGGGUAACUAGAAUUCCCUGAACACUGCACAUUUCCAACAGGCUUCCGUGAAUUCCAUCUUUCAAUGUAAAAUAGGAACUCGGGCACCAUUUCUGCUGGAGAGUGCCAGCAGUGCAUACUUAGGCUUUGCAGACCACGCUUCUCAGGCCCUGCUCUUCAGCUGUGGCUGGAACAUGAAUCGAUGACAUAUCAACGAACACACGUGUCAGGUUUUUUUAUUUACAAAACCAAGGCGGGCUGGAUUUGACCACAGAUUACGGUUUGGCAAGCGUGAGUGUAAAACCUUAGUUAUGUGUUCUGUAUUUCAUGGAAUGACUGUAAAAGUUGAUAAGACUAAUUCGACAAGCCGUAUAUUCGGUCUCAUGUAAUAGUCACAUGCCUUUUGCUCAUGGUCAAAUGUCCGUGGAAUGGGCCAGCAAGAUAGCUCAGCGGAGUACGCACCUGCUCAGGCAAAUACAGGGCCUGGGGUUCAAUC